AUGGAUGAGGCUGUAGACCUUGAAGUGCUAGCCUACAUGGCUGCCACAGAGUACUUUGCUUAUGACGAGUGCUACGACAACACUUCAAACGUAUCUGGCCUGCCACUCGUAUGCAGCAACUGCGGUGUGUCCUUCUUCUCGCUGCAGAUUCCUGAUGAUCAGGUCGACUGCUAUUGCUCUGGCGAGUGCAAGUGGAGUGUCAUCAUGUACCGCGAAAUGAAUCUGCGUAUGUUUGCCAUGCGCCGAUCCACGCGUCUUCACACGCCUCUUGGCAGUACGUGCUCGUCCUCGAGUUUCUAUGGAGACAGCGACGAUGAGGAGACGGAACUAGACGGACUCGUGUCUUUCAGCUUCAGUGACAACACGACUGCCAGGUCGUUGUGA